GCGGCGGCUCGUGCGCCGACCGCGCUCCGCCGGGCGCCUGGACCCGAGUAGCUUCAUUGAAUCUGCGGAUUCCAUGACGUGUCCCUGCGUGGUCCACCACUUUCCUCCCACCCGGGGAAUUUUUUUUUCUUUUCUUUUCUUUUCCGUCACUCCUGCCUCUCCCGCUUCCUUGCAUCCCAUAUCCCUCCCAGGGGCCCUGCCCAAGGCGCCCUGUCGCCUUCUCUGGGCCCCUGCGCUCAGCCCUUCUCUCCGCGUCCGACCAGUGGGGACGCCGCGCGCUGCACCUGCCGGAGAGCUUGGCCGAGCGGAGGGGUGGAGACCCGCGGGGGACUCGAAGCUGGGGCGAGCGCCGGAUGAGCCGCGCGCAGGAUGGAGUCUGCCCCCCGCCUCCCGAGGCCGAUGUGAGCUGUGACCGUUGCCCUCCGGUUUUCCUUUUCCUCGUCUUGUCGCGUUUUCCUGCCUCGCCAUCCGUCGUGCAGUGAAUUCAUUCGGUCCAGGUCCGAGCCACGAAAGAUCAUGAUUGAGUGAAGCCACCGGUCUGCAACCAGAAAAAAAGCACGCAGAGGAGCUACAGCAAUGGCCAAGUUGACGGAAUCCAUGACUAACGUCCUGGAGGGUGACUCCAUGGACCAGGAUGUCGAGAGCCCUGUGCCCAUCCACCAGCCAAAGUUACCUAAGCAAGCCAGGGAGGACCUGCCCCGACAUGUCAGUCGGGACCGGACCAAAAGGAAAAUCCAGAGGUACGUGAGGAAGGAUGGCAAAUGCAACGUGCACCAUGGCAACGUGAGGGAGACCUACCGCUACCUGACCGACAUCUUCACCACCCUCGUGGACCUCAAAUGGAGGUUCAACCUGCUCAUCUUCGUCAUGGUGUACACAGUGACGUGGCUCUUUUUCGGGAUGAUCUGGUGGCUGAUCGCCUACAUCCGAGGGGACAUGGACCACAUAGAGGACCCCUCCUGGACUCCCUGUGUCACCAACCUCAAUGGGUUCGUCUCUGCUUUUUUAUUCUCCAUAGAGACAGAAACCACCAUCGGCUAUGGCUACCGGGUCAUCACGGACAAGUGCCCAGAGGGAAUCAUUCUCCUCUUAAUCCAGUCUGUGUUGGGAUCCAUUGUCAAUGCCUUCAUGGUGGGAUGUAUGUUUGUAAAAAUCUCUCAACCCAAGAAGAGGGCAGAGACCCUGGUCUUCUCCACACAUGCGGUGAUCUCUAUGCGGGAUGGGAAGCUGUGCCUGAUGUUCCGGGUAGGGGACCUCAGGAAUUCCCACAUCGUGGAGGCUUCCAUCCGAGCCAAGUUGAUCAAGUCCAAGCAGACCUCAGAGGGGGAGUUCAUCCCGCUGAACCAGACGGACAUCAACGUGGGCUACUACACGGGGGACGACCGUCUGUUCCUCGUGUCGCCACUGAUCAUCAGUCACGAAAUCAACCAGCAGAGUCCAUUCUGGGAGAUCUCCAAAGCUCAGCUCCCCAAGGAGGAGCUGGAGAUCGUGGUCAUUCUUGAGGGCAUGGUGGAAGCCACAGGGAUGACGUGCCAAGCCCGGAGCUCCUACAUUACGAGUGAGAUCCUCUGGGGCUACCGUUUCACACCCGUCCUGACGCUGGAGGACGGAUUCUACGAAGUUGAUUACAACAGCUUCCAUGAGACCUAUGAGACCAGCACCCCUUCUCUCAGUGCCAAAGAGCUGGCUGAGUUGGCCAGCAGGGCAGAGCUGCCCCUAAGUUGGUCUGUGUCCAGCAAACUCAACCAACACGCAGAACUGGAGACCGAGGAGGAAGAAAAGAACCAGGAAGAGCAGACGGAAAGAAAUGGUGAUGUGGCAAACCUGGAGAAUGAAUCCAAAGUGUAGGGGCCUCGCUGGGCACCCCUUCCUUUCACCCUUGACAAACCUUUCCUCAUCUCUCAUUCUCUUUCUCUUAACUGUCUCUCUUACUUGGUUCUUCCUUCCAUUUAAUUUUGAUAUUGCCGGGAAAAAAAAUCUUCAAGGUGUAAAAUAUCUACCUGCCCUCUCUUUGAUAUCUAGACGGACAAGGUAGACAUGGAUUUGGUUAAGGUGCAAUGCAAUGUGCCCACCUUUGUGGCCCAAGCCUGGUCUCCUCCUAAAACAUCGCAUCUAACUCCUGCAGAUUUAAACUAUGGACCUACAUGUGUUGCACAGUAGCAGAUCGCUCACAAGGGUGUGUCAACUAUUCUACCUGGGAUGUGACAAGUAAGGUCACUGGUGCCUAUCUUCUCAUGCAGCAGGUCAUGGCUUAGAGCCCUCACUGUCUAGAUCCCAACACCUGACAUCCACAAGGGACAAGGUGCUUACUCCAGGUGGGCAUUGCAGUUACAGGACCCACGACAGCAGAGACAAGCCCCUGUACAUACACACACCUUAUGCCAUCCUUUCCUUUUUGCAGUUAGUCACCGCACCCAGCAUGUACAGAAGUCCCAUAGAACAGCUCUUCUGAAUAAUGUACAUAGAUGUUUCAUUAACGUAGGCUUAAAAUCUGUAGCUUAGGAAAUAAGCAAAAACAAACCAACAACAAUAACAAAAAAAAAGACUCCAAUGUAGUUAUUUCUGUUUUGAUAUCUGUGUUUCCCAGAUUCUUUUGAACCCAUUGACUGCUGGUCUUUAAUCGCAUGGCCUUGUUCCAAGUCCCAGACUGGCAAGCCCAUAGGGUACCUAAUUGCUCCUUCAUCAGUUCUUUCAUCCAAUCUAAUAAGCCAUAGGUCUGGGGUGCAUUGGGAAGGCCAGUAGAUGACAAGGCCCCCCACCAAGAUGCUGACAUUCUAUGGAACAUUUACCAAAUGGAGGUCCUAAAAAUUGUUUAAAAAGACAGCAAGGGUCUUGCCAACUAGCCUGGGGAGCACAUUCUCUUGCAUGUCACUAAUGAUGUCUUGAUGCAUCUCACAAGAGCUCUCACCCUUUGUGGUUUAAUAGUGUAGGAGACUUCUCUGCAAAACCACUGACCCUCCAGCUGUUCCAUUCUGUGAAUGAUAAACUGCAGACCGUUAAAAUGAGACAUGGUAAGUGAACAGGUGAUGGUUUGAGUCUAAAGCUACAAAUCUGGGGAGGCACACAGUGGGUGACACAAACUGUUCCCUGGGACCUCUCAGACUCCCUCAGGAGCUCCAACAAGGACGUCUUGCCUGUACCUGGGGGCUCUUCCAUCACAUGGGGACUUUUGUAUUCCUCAACAUUAAACAUAAAAAAUGAACAGAGUUCAAUACUGAAAGAUGAAGUCAGCAGUCUUGGUGACUAGCUGCGAAAAUGCUCCUGGAUGUGCCACGAGUUAAAAAUCAAAUCCAAAGUGUCUCUCGUUCUAAAAAGGACAAAAGAAAACACUGCAGCCUUAACUCACUUCAAUCUGUGAAGAUUAAUGCAGAAAAGCAGAGAUAAAGAAAGGGAAGGGAGGAAGAAGG